AUGGAAUAUCAACAAGCAGCAGGACGAGCUAUGCGAGCAAUCAAGUGCGUAGUUGUUGGUGACGGUGCCGUCGGUAAGAGAAUCUCUGUAGUUAAUUUAACCCAAAAUUAUUCUUCUUCAUCACACACAGGAAAAACUUGUUUAUUAGCGUCUUAUGCGCAAAAUAAAUUUCUGGGUGAAUAUCGUCCAACGAUAUUUGACAAUUAUGCUGUCACGGUAAACAUCAAUCAAGAACCUUAUACAUUAAAUUUAUUUGAUACAGCCGGUGAGUUAUUUGAACGUAUUAUGGAUGUAAUCGAUGUAUUUUUAUCCUUGAUUCUAGGACAAGAAGACUACGAUCGUCUUCGUCUUUUGAGCUAUCCUCAGACCGAUAUUUUCUUGGUGUGCUUGAAUAUCGCUCUACCUUCAUCGUUUGAAAAUGUUCGUGCAAAGUGGAUUCCCGAAAUAGCUCAUCAUUGUCCUCAUACUCAAUUUAUACUAGUUGGAACACAAAUCGAUCUUCGAGAUGAUCCGAAAACUAUUGCCUCUUUGAAACAGUCCCAUGGGCAUUUGAUUUCAUUCAAACAAGGCGAAAAAUUGGCGCGUGAACUCAAAGCAGUAAAAUAUAUUGAGUGCAGCGCAUUGACACAAGUAAAUUGA